ACAUAUUAGCUCUUGCAGCGCCCGCUGCUUUUGAAAGUGGACUCAUUCGUUUUUCUCCUGUUGCCAGAUUGACAAGUACCUUUAUCACAUGCGGCUUUCGGAUGAGACCCUCCGUGACAUUUCAGAUCGGUUCCGGAAGGACAUGGAGAAGGGCCUGAGGGCAGACACCAACCCUACAGCUUCGGUGAAGAUGCUGCCAACCUUUGUGAGGUCCAUUCCUGAUGGAACAGAGGAAGGUGACUUCUUAGCAUUGGAUCUUGGUGGCACAAAUUUCCGGGUGCUAAGAGUUAAAGUUGCAGAUAAUGGCAGCAAGAAAGUUGAGAUGGAGAAUCGGAUCUAUGAUAUUCCAGAAGAACUGAUGAGGGGCAGUGGAACACAGCUCUUCGACUACAUUGCUGAAUGUUUGGCCAACUUCAUGGAGCAGCUGCAAAUAAAGGACAGGAAGCUGCCGCUGGGCUUCACCUUCUCUUUUCCCUGCCACCAGACCAAGCUGGACGAGAGCAUCCUGGAUACUUGGACCAAAGGAUUCAAGUGCAGCGGCGUGGAAGGGAAGGAUGUGGUUGCACUGUUACGGAAAGCUAUAAGGAAGCGAGGGGACUUUGACAUUGACGUUGUGGCUGUGGUGAAUGACACUGUUGGGACAAUGAUGACCUGUGGCUAUGACGACCACAACUGUGAAGUUGGGCUUAUUGUUGGCACUGGGUCAAACGCAUGCUACAUGGAAGAGAUGCGCCACAUAGACACUGUGGAGGGCGAUGAGGGCCGCAUGUGCAUCAAUAUGGAGUGGGGAGCCUUUGGAGAUGAUGGAUCCCUCAGAGAUAUCAGAACAGAGUUUGACCAAGAAAUUGACAUGGGCUCACUGAAUCCUGGCAAGCAGCUGUUUGAGAAGAUGAUCAGUGGCUUGUAUAUGGGUGAGCUGGUCAGGCUCAUCCUGGUGAAGAUGGCCAAGGAGAAGCUUCUCUUCAACGGGAGGGUCACUACCGACUUGUUGAAGACAGGGCUCUUUGAGACCAAAUAUGUGUCUGCCAUCGAAAAGGAGAAGGACGGCAUCCCAAAAGCCCGUGAGAUCUUGACGCGGCUGGGCCUGGAGCCUUCCCACGAGGACUGUGUGGCCACCCAGCGCAUCUGCGAGAUUGUCUCCACCCGCUCGGCAAGCCUCUGCGGGGCUGCUCUGGCCGCUGUGCUCCAGCGCAUCAAGGAGAACAGGGGGGUCGACCGCCUGCGCAGCACCGUUGGGGUGGAUGGCACCGUCUACAAAAAGCAUCCUCAUUUUGGCCGCCGCCUUCACAAGGUGGUGCGUCGCCUCCUGCCCGACUGUGAAAUCCGCUUCAUCCGGUCCGAAGACGGGAGCGGCAAGGGAGCUGCCAUGGUGACGGCAGUGGCGUACCGGCUGGCCGCCCAGCACAAGGCCCGCCAGGAGAUCCUCAGCCCCCUACGGCUCAGCCAGCAGCAGCUGCUGGAGGUGAAGAGGAAGAUGCAGCAAGAGAUGAAGUUGGGCCUGGCCCAAGAGACGCACGCCAAGGCCAGUGUGAAGAUGUUGCCCACCUAUGUGUGUUCCACCCCUGACGGGACAGAAAAAGGAGACUUCCUGGCCUUGGACCUCGGGGGCACCAACUUCCGUGUGCUUCUGGUGCGCAUACGGAAUGGGAUGCGGCGCAGUGUGGAGAUGCACAACAAGAUCUACUCAAUUUCAGAGGAUAUCAUGCAAGGGACAGGAGAGGAGCUCUUUGAUCACAUCGUCCACUGCAUUUCGGACUUCUUGGAAUACAUGGGGAUGAAGGGGGCUUCGCUUCCUCUAGGAUUUACCUUCUCCUUCCCUUGUCAGCAAAAGAGCCUUGAUGAGGGCAUUCUCCUGCAGUGGACCAAGGGCUUCAGUGCUUCUGGUUGUGAAGGAGAGGACGUUGUGGGCCUGCUGAAGGAAGCCAUCCAUAGAAGAGAGGAGUUUGAACUGGAUGUGGUAGCCUUGGUGAACGAUACGGUGGGCACCAUGAUGACUUGUGGGUAUGAAGACCCUCUUUGUGAAGUGGGGCUCAUUGUUGGAACUGGCACCAAUGCCUGCUACAUGGAGGAGCUGAAAAAUGUGGAGCUGGUGGCUGGGGACAAGGGCAGGAUGUGUGUCAAUAUGGAGUGGGGUGCCUUUGGUGACAACGGCUGCUUGAAUGAGUUCUGGACGGAGUUUGAUGCCAUUGUGGACGAGAACUCCCUCAACCCCGGGAAGCAACGAUACGAGAAAAUGAUCAGCGGGAUGUACCUGGGCGAAAUUGUCCGCAAUAUUCUGAUUGAUUUCACCAAGCGAGGGCUGCUCUUCCGUGGGAGAAUCUCUGAACGGCUGAAGACGAAGGGGAUCUUUAAGACUAAGUUCCUGUCUCAGAUUGAGAGUGAUUGCCUGGCACUGCUGCAGGUCCGUUCCAUUCUCCAGCACCUCGGCCUGGAGAGCACGUGCGAUGACAGCAUCAUUGUGAAGGAGGUGUGCACCGUGAUUGCUCGACGCGCCGCUCAGCUGUGUGGGGCAGGAGUGGCAGCAGUGGUGGACAAGAUCCGGGAGAACCGGGGAUUGGACAUCCUUAAGGUCACUGUCGGUGUGGAUGGGACCCUCUACAAACUCCAUCCUCACUUCUCUGCGGUGAUGCACGAAACAGUGAAACAGCUUUCGCCCAAGUGCGAGGUGACCUUCCUCCAGUCCGAGGACGGCAGCGGGAAGGGGGCAGCACUUAUCACUGCGGUUGCAUGCCGGAUGCGGGAGGCUGGCCAGCACUGAGAGUGGGGUCCCCGAACACCGCAGGCGUGGCUCCCCAUUGCUGCUUCUCCCCCAAAUCUCCAGACCACUCCAGGCUGAAUCCUUGUGUCUUCCGAAAUUGCCUCUGCUGGAGCCCGUGCGGGCCUGGGUCUUUGCACAUAGAUGUGAAGCUUACCUGUGGGGUACGAGUAUCUCCUUCCAGAUGAUCUCUGGUAGCUGUCAGGUGUCAUUCCAUAUGAAGGCGCUCCAUUGUCACUUUACAGCUGCAGCUUCUGGUCCUGGGCUAGGUCCAGACCAUAGCAUAGCACAAAUACACCUAUUUCCAUUAAAUGCAGUGAGUGUAUUCAUUUUGUGACUUAAACAUUUGCAGUAAGAAUAGCAAGUAUCCGUAUGAAGAAAGUGGGGAUGUUCUGCAAGAGCUGUGAUAAUGAUUCUUGAGUUGAGUUUACGGGACUUGGGUGAGCAAGUGCCUGGAUAUCACUGGACCCCGAGAGAUUGCCAACUGAUCCUUCCCUCUGAGAUACUGCGUUGCCAUCCAGAGCUUGUGCUCCAGAGCUACCAUAGCCUAGCUGCUGCUUUCUGCUGUAAACAGACCACCCGUCAGUCCAAAGGGGUCCUUGGACCCUUAAGCUGGCAAAGGGCUGUCGUGGUUACGUCCUGGAGGGAGAUGCUCCCUGGGAAUCUCUCGUUCGUUAAGCCCCGUCUUUGCUUUCCCUCACUUGUGAACCAGUAUCUUAAUUCUGUAUCUGGAGAGAAGAAAGGCCAGCAGCUUUUGUCUGUAAAAAAUUACUAAUAUGUGUAGCUGAAGGAGGGGAGGGGGUGCCAGGAAAUAACCCUGCUGCAAGAUGAAAGUGGGGCUCAGGGAGGAAUCUCUGGGAAAGGUGGCUGUUCCAGGGUUGUUCCACGAAGCCUGAAAAUGGGAAUGCCAAGCUGUGAUCCUGUCUUCCCGGCUACUUCUGGCCCUUGCAGGUGUGCUCUGGGGGCAACUGGGGCAAUGAGGGGCAUAGCUAACAACAAGCCCCCCCC